AUGAGGUGGAGGCCUUGUCCCGCCGCUCAAGGCAUCAAGCAAAAUAACCUGGCUCUGAAUUCAACCUUGUCCCGCCGCUCAAGCAUCAAGCAAAAUAACCUGGCUCUGAAUUCAAAGCAGGAACAACAUUUGAAGACGGCCGAACACGCCAAUAUACACAGCCAUGAAAUUCAUGAGGAGUCCACGGCAGUACAAAGCGAUGUGAAGACCGAGGCGACUACAAGAGAAAAGAGACCAAAGAGCAGUAAAAGAAGCAAAAAAUAUGUCAACCCUUCUUCAGGGAAGGAACAAAAAGAAAAGCCUGUUACUUCGCCGAAUUGCCAGGAGCCUGCUCCAGCACUCGCUGUCGCAUAA